AUGUGUCGUAAAUAUGGUCACCGCAAUCAUGUACCAUCAAACUUUUGGAGUGAAAAACACGUACAAAGUAAUUUUGACGAUAAAGAGUUCAACAAUUACAUGUCGGAACUUGUACCUUCGUGCGAAUCAGAGUCUUUGAUCACUCGAUUGGUAGUGAGAUCGGAGCCCACCGUUCAACGAUCGAGAUGUGAUAGCAAUGCGUUUCAGCAGUUUUAUUCGCCUCAGAAAAGAAUUUGUAUUACGUUUAACAGUUUGCGACACAAAGACAUAUUCCAGGACAACGUAGCUACCACCAUACCGAUGGCUAAUACGGUGAACAACAAAGCCCAACCUUGGACAUUCGAUAAUAUGAUGGAAUUCAACGGAAGUUUGAAAUCUACUCCCUUAUACGGUCUGCCCUUGUACGCGAUUUUACUGGGUAACCAACAAACAGCCGACUCUGAAAACAUUUGUGAAUACGCGAUCAACGAAAUAGUUUCUAUUACUAUUCACAGUCCAAACGAAAUACCUCUGAACAACGGUCUUGUCAGUGAAAUACGAGUGUAUAAAAACUUUACUGUUGACGUCUUGAUAACGCCCAAGAUAACCUUGGCAAGAGACUUGGAGCAGUACACCCCCCAACAAAGGGGCUGUUAUUUCGUCCACGAGAAGAGACUAUCGAUGUUCAAAUUUUACACGAAGAAUAACUGUGAUAUCGAAUGCUAUAUAAACUCCACUGUGAGUUCGUGCGGAUGUGUCCCCAUGUUGUACCCGAGACCGAACAAGACUGUGAAAGUGUGUGUGGCAAACUGUGAGCCGGCUGCACACAACUGUGGGUGUUUACCGGACUGCAAUUCACUCAAGUACGAAUAUGUGACAAAGGAUAUACCGAUAAAUAAAGCGGUGUUACGGAACAUCACCAUACUGGGUGCCACUGAAAUAGGAUUCAAGGAGAACUACUUCUAUACAAAUGUCCGCUACAGCAUCACAAGUGCCAAAGAGUUCCUGGCCUACACCCUCGGCGUGCUUGGGGCGUUCCUGGGGUUCAGUGUUACUUGUGUAUGGAAACUCAUGUACUCUGGUGUCGCUAGACUGUGUAAGUGUAACUAUGCAAGAGCCCCAACUAGAAAGACGAUAACUCCUUUACCAAGCUAUUGA